AUGUCGCAUAUUUCGUAUAAUAAACAAUGGCAAGAUGCACAACUUGCCAUGGCCGAUAUGCUGGCUAUCGAAACACCAGCACAACCACGGGCACCAGAAACCGAUAUCAAUGCAGCCUUUCAAUUAGUAGCUACUAUGUUUGUGAAAUACGUACAAAUAUUUCGAAAAUUAGAACAAUGUUAUGAUCAAGUAGUACAUCCACAAAAAAGACGAUUAAUACGAGUUGUUCUUGAUGGUUGUAUGGGAAGACUGCUUGAAUUAAAACAUGAAAUGAUUACUAUGGAUUAUUCAGAAUAUCAUUAUUUUGAUGAUAUUCUUGCAGAUCUUAAAUUAACACCAAAUGAUCUUGAAAUUCCAAUUCCAAAUUAUUUCGUACUUGAACGUGCUCAAGCAAUUGAAAAACGUGAACGACUACUUGGUCAAAUUUUAGCUCGAAUGACAUUAGAUAAUGAAAAACCUGAUGGUACCACUACUAUGUCAAUUGAUGAUGCUAUUCGAAUAGUUCAAACUCAUGAACGAGCUCGUCAAGGACGAUUAAGAGCUAAACAAAUACGUGAUUUACGUCUCAAUGAUCAACGUGCACGACAACGUGCAAAUAUGGGAGAUUCAAAAAUGGAUAGAGGGUUAGCAGCAACAAUCAUUCAAAAAUAUUAUCGUCGUCAUGUUGUACAAAAAGAAGCAAAAAAAUUUCGUGAUGAAGAAUAUAUGUUUUUAGGAAUGGCAAUGCCAACAUUUCAUAAAGAUCCAUUAAAACGUUUGCAUGCUGAAGUUCGAGCACAUGAAGAUGAAAGACGAAAACGACAAGAAAAACAUGAAAUAAAUUAUCAACAAUCAUUAAUAGCAACACGUGAAAAAAUCAAACAAACAGAAGGACCUGAUAUGAAAGAACGUUUACAAGAUCAAAUUCGUCAAUGGUUUAUUGAAUGCCGAAAUGUUUCUAAAAAAUUUCCUGAUUUUCCCGAUGAAGAUGAUGGUGGUUCGAAUAAAAUUUUUGAAAAAAAAACUGUAGCUGAAGUACAAGCAGAUCUUGAAGCUAAAAUGGAAAGCAAAGGCAAAAAAGGAAAAGGAGAUAAAAAAGGCAAGAAAGGAAAGAAGAAGAAAGAAAAAAAAGGAAAAAAAGGAAAAAAAGGAAAGAAGAAGAAGAAAGGAGAUGAUGAUGAAGGUUGGACAUUACCUGAAUCGGAAUUUGUCACUGGAAUGAUUAAACCAUCAACCGAAACAUAUCAAAAUUUUUGGGAAACACGUGAUGAAACACAUAAUUUCGAACAAAAUUAUGAUAGUGAAAUAGUUAAAGAAGAAAAACGAUCAGAAGUUGUCGAAGAAAUACGUGUUGAAGUAGAUGCAUUAAUGCGUGAAGAAUUGAAAAACUUAAAAGCUGCAAUUGAUAAAACUAAAGAAAAAAAGAAGAAAAAGAAGAAGAAGAAGAAGAAGAAGAAGAAGAAGAAGAAGAAAGAAAAAGAUUUAACACCCGAUCGUACAAUAGAAUCUUUGUAUGAAGAACUUGUUAUGAAUCGUAUUAUAAUUCGUCCACCAAAAGUUACUCUAAAUGAUUUUAUUGGUGAUUUUAAUUAUCUACCAAGUUUAAUUCGUCAAGCUAAACAUGAACCAAUGCCAACAAUGUCUGAUGCUAAACAAUUAACUGCAUUAUAUGGAAUCUUACCAUUAGGAUCAGAAAAAGUUCAUGAAAUAGCACCACAAAUAAAAGGUCUUCUCAUUUGUGGACCUAAAGGAUGUGGUAAACAUAUGUUACUUCAUGCAAUUUGUAAUGAAUUAGGUGCGAAUUUAUUUGAUAUAUCACCAAAAAAUAUUUUUGAAACAUAUCGUGAAAAAGAAGGAAUAAAAAUGCUUAUGCAUUUAUGUUCAAAAGUUGGAAAAGCUUUACAACCAACUAUUAUUUUUAUUGAUGAUUGUGACAAAUUAUGGAAAAAGAAAUUAAAACCUGAAGAAAAACAAUUUGAACCAAAACGUUUAGGUAAAGCUUUACCAAAAUGGCUUAAAUUAAUCAAACCCGGAGAUCGCGUUUUAUUAGUUGGAAUAACAAAUGAACCAUAUCAGGGUACUGUUAAACCAAUGAUGAAAGUAUUUCCACGUUGCAUCUUAUUACCACGUCCAGAAUAUGGAACUCGACUAUUAUUAUGGAAAACGUUGAUACCGAAAUAUAAUGGUAUAAUAACACCAUCACUUGAUGUAACAUCAUUAGCAAAAUUAUCUGAUACAUAUUCAUCCGGUCAUAUUCAUGAUACAAUUGUUGAAGUUUUAACUGAACGACGUCUUGCUAAAAUGGCAAAACAUCCAUUACAAGCAAGUGAUUUUAUAACUGGUUUAGCACAUCGUAAUCCUAUAUAUAAAGAUGAAGAAACUGCCUUCAAAAGUUGGUGGAAAAAGACACCAACAGGUAAAAAACAUGAACGAUUUUUAGAAGAACAAGAAUCAGGUGAAGGUGAUGGUAAAGGCAAAAAAGGCAAGAAGAAGAAAUAA